GUUUCUUUCACAGAGGGGGCAAAGUCUAAACUCGAGGCUAUGUAUCCAACCCAGUCAACUCCUUCCCUGCUCUGCUUUCAGAUGCUGUGCGCAGCAGAGGGGGGCCUUGCGCUUGUUCUACAGUAGGAGCUAUUGCUGCAGCAACUGAGAAGGAUCAAAAGUCAGGAAGAUGGCAGAUCUCUUUCACCAUAGGAAUGACAUUUCUUACAAUGAAACUGAGAGCAGCUUCAGCAAAUCCAACAGCAUGACCAGGCCAAGUGGCAAGUCCAUUUACCACCAGCGGAAGGAAUACACUGAAAGUAUGAUAAAGCAGCAACGUGAAUUCCAGCACCGGGUGGAGCACCUUCUUACCUGCAAUGUUGAUGGCAAGGAAAUUAGCAAUGCAGAGAACUGUAUUAACCGACUCAAGAUGAUGGAUGCCCAAGGUCAGGUGUGGGGACAAGAUAUGCUUUUGCAGGUGAAGGAAAACAGAUUGUUGCUGACUGACAUUGAGGCAGAGGAAGAGCUGGACAGUUACCCCCUUGAAUAUAUCCAGGAAUGUGCCUGUGUCCUUGACAGCUGCAUCUACAACUCCAUCUUGGCCAUCACUGUGAAAGAAAUGAGACCACCCAGGACUAGCAUCAUGCUGUUUCAGUGCGAGCAGAUUGGAGCUGAGCUGCUGAAAACCAAAGUGGAGAAGGCCGUUGAAGAGUUGAGAGACGAACAGCAGAAUCACAACUUGCUCAGGAGCAACCUGGAGAAUAUGUUGUACCAGCAAAGCCGAUCAUCGCGUACUGACAAAUCCCCAUGGAUCUCCCAAGAAAGAAGACCAGCAGGGCCAAUGGAGCUGAACCAUAUGCCUUCUCCAGCACAACAGCCUUGGCAGAGGCAGCAGCAACAUCCUUGGACAGCUGGCCCAGUCCCCGUGGACUAUGAAGCAGAACAGCCACUUCACCAGCAGCAGAAAUAUGAGCCGAUGUAUGAAGACCUUGGGCCUUCAAUGAUGCAGGACGUAGACAGAGAUACUGAGAUCCUGAACCAUGUCUUGGAUGACAUUGAAAAGUUUGUAGGGAAAGUACAGGAGACCAGUAGAUCCCAGAAUGACAAGAAGAAGAAGAAGAAGUUGAAAAAGAAUAAAGGCAAAGAGGCAAUGCCUCCGGAGCCUGAGUUCAAGGACUGUUUCCAGAAGAUCAAAUACAGCUUCAUUUUGCUGGCAAAACUUGAACAUACAAUACAGCAACCAAGUGCUCCUGAGAUGGUUCAGCUCAUCUUUUCCAGUUUUAAAAUUGUUUUGUCCAAUUGUCCUUGGACCAACUUGGCCUCUAUGGUGUCCUCACCUUUGCUGAUUCCUGCAGCAAUUGACUUGCUAAGGCGCUCGUUGGAUUCCAAAGACCAGCUUAUUUGGAAGAAUUUGGGAGAUGCUUGGAAUCUAAGCAGGGCAGAACAUCCAGAGGGACCAUCCAUCCCCAGCUACAAGCCCACGUUCUUGAGUGGAUGGGUGCUGCCGAUGCCGACUCGGAGGCAGAGCUCUGUUGAUUUCGAUAAGGUCCGCACAGGAAGCCGGAAUAGCUUCUCAAGCAGGGCAUCUGAUGCUCCCCUACUUAUGCAAGCCAUAUAUGACUUCCAUGCAAGAAACCCCAGGGAGCUCACAUUAAUGAAAGGAGAUCUCCUAGAGGUUUUGGAUCAACGGAAAAAAUGGUGGCUUGCUAGAAAUGCUGCAGGGGAGACAGGCUAUAUCCCUAACAAUAUCCUGGAGCCUAUGGAACAGAAGACACCUAAUGAGAACAACACAGUGCAAGUUUCAAGAGACUUCCCUGAUCUCCGGCCCAGUUCUUCACCAGCAGAAGUCACAGUUUGGCUCAGGAUGAAAGGUUUUUCCAAGAUCACGGUGAAGGCCCUUGGAGUCCUUGAUGGAAACCAGAUUCUGUCACUGAGCAGAGAGGAGCUGAAAGCAGUUUGCCCGGAAGAAGGAGGAAGAGUGUUUCUCAUGCUUUCAACCGUUAAAUCAGCACUCUAGGAUGAUCCACCAGAGCAGCCAUCUUUCACCACUACAUAAUUAUCAUAAUAGGAACGUGUUAACGAUUUUCCAUUUGCUUUUCAAGAAGGUGAAGUGU